AGGGGUUUAGAAAGGGUUUUGGCGAGGACCCUAAAAAAACUCCCUUCUUUAAUCUGUUCUUCGAAGAAAUUUUCGGAGAAAAAAUCGACGAAGAUCGAAUAUUUCUGGGUUUUCUGAAUCACCCAUCAUCCAUGCUGAAGGUUCUAUCAUCUUCCUUUCGGAUGCAGAGAUUUUGUGCGGAUUUUCCCCCGAAUUUCAGGCAUGGAGGAGAAGGAAAAGCUCAAUUGCUUCGGGUGUUGGGCUCGCUGAGAAGCUUGAGUGGAAGGAAUCAUGGUUUAUGCAAAAGGGUAUUUUUCUGUUCGGAAUCUGGAGACGGGUCGGAUCCGGUGGAUGCUAAGCCGGCGCCGGAAGCUGAAGCUACUGCUGCUGAGAAUGCGGAGGAAGUCAACUCAAAAGCCUCGUCUGCAAUCGUGCCCACGAAUCCCCGUCCCGAGGAUUAUCUAACAGUUCUUGCAUUGCCCUUGCCACACAGACCUUUAUUUCCUGGUUUCUACAUGCCAAUCUAUGUGAAGGAUCCUAAAUUGCUAGCAGCUUUAGUAGAAAACCGUAAAAGACAAGCUCCAUAUGCAGGUGCAUUCCUUCUGAAAGACGAGCCGGGAACUGAUCCUAGUCUUGCAACUGGUUCGGAAACAGAGAAAAACAUAUAUGAUCUCAAGGGAAAAGAAUUAUUCAACCGUCUCCAUGAAGUUGGUACAUUGGCACAGAUAACCAGUAUACAAGGGGAUCAGGUCGUUCUUAUUGGCCAUCGGCGAUUACGAAUAACAGAGAUGGUUGGCGAGGAUCCCCUUACCGUGAAAGUUGAUCAUCUCAAGGAUAAACCAUAUAAUAAGGAUGAUGAUAUCAUAAAGGCUACCUCCUUUGAAGUUAUAUCAACCUUGAGAGAUGUUUUGAAGACGAGUUCCCUUUGGAGAGAUCAUGUUCAAACAUAUACUCAGCAUAUUGGUGAUUUCAACUUUCCAAGGUUAGCAGAUUUCGGAGCAGCUAUAUCAGGGGCAAACAAGUUGCAAUGCCAGCAAGUGCUUGAAGAACUCGAUGUAUACAAGCGCUUAAAGCUGACCUUAGAAUUGGUAAAGAAAGAGAUGGAGAUCAGCAAGAUACAGGAAUCAAUAGCAAAAGCAAUUGAAGAAAAGAUAAGCGGCGAGCAGCGGCGUUACCUGUUGAAUGAGCAGCUUAAAGCAAUAAAGAAGGAGCUCGGUUUGGAAACGGAUGACAAAACAGCCCUUUCAGCAAAGUUUAGGGAGAGGCUUGAACCAAACAAGGAGAGAUGCCCACCCCAUGUUUUGCAAGUUAUAGAAGAAGAGCUCACAAAGCUGCAGCUACUAGAGGCCAGUUCCAGCGAGUUCAAUGUCACACGUAACUAUCUCGAUUGGCUGACCGCACUGCCUUGGGGAAACUACAGUGACGAGAACUUUGAUGUCCAUCGUGCUCAAAUAAUACUAGAUGAAGACCAUUACGGUUUAUCUGAUGUUAAGGAGAGGAUAUUAGAAUUUAUAGCUGUUGGAAAACUCAGAGGAACUUCACAAGGCAAGAUCAUUUGUCUUUCGGGGCCUCCUGGAGUGGGUAAAACAAGCAUCGGUCGUUCAAUCGCACGUGCCUUGAAUCGGAAGUUCUAUCGAUUUUCUGUAGGAGGCUUGGCUGACGUUGCUGAAAUCAAGGGGCAUCGUCGGACCUAUAUUGGUGCUAUGCCGGGAAAAAUGGUCCAAUGCCUCAAAAAUGUGGGAACAGCUAACCCUCUUGUUCUAAUUGAUGAGAUUGACAAGUUAGGAAGGGGGCACGCUGGUGAUCCAGCUAGUGCUUUGUUGGAGCUUCUCGAUCCUGAGCAAAAUGCAAAUUUUCUCGACCACUAUCUUGACGUUCCCAUUGAUGUAUCCAAGGUUCUUUUUGUUUGCACGGCAAAUGUAGUGGAGAUGAUACCUAAUCCUCUCUUGGAUAGAAUGGAGAUAAUUACCCUUGCAGGUUAUAUCACCGACGAGAAGAUGCAUAUUGCUAGGGACUAUUUGGAGAAGACAACACGGGAAGCAUGUGGCAUCAAGCCUGAACAGGUUGAGGUGACUGAUGCAGCUCUUCUUGCACUGAUUGAAAGUUACUGCCGGGAAGCAGGUGUGCGGAAUCUACAGAAGCACAUUGAGAAGAUAUACCGCAAGAUUGCUCUGCAACUUGUACGGCAAGGAGUACCAAAUAAGCCGGCUGCAACCGUCAGUGCUCAGGGUGUGGAACCCACCGAAUCCAAAGAGAUAUCUGUGGAACAGUCAAGUGAAGCUGUAGCCGAAGGAGAGAAGAUUACGGAACCAGCAGAAGCUACCAGUCAUGAACAGGCCAGUGAAACCUCCACAGAAGCUGACCAGAUGCAGACAAGUCUCCCUGCAGAUCAAACUCCAAGUCCGUUGGAUCGACCCUCCAAUUUAAAGGACAAUUCGGAAACUGUCGGUGCCCAAGAAAUGGACGAUGGUACAAAAGUUGAGAAAGUUGUAAUCGAUCCUUCGAACCUGUCUAAUUUCGUUGGGAAACCAGUCUUCCAUGCCGAGCGUAUAUAUGAUCAGACGCCAAUAGGUGUCGUGAUGGGUCUUGCAUGGACUGCAAUGGGCGGUUCAACACUCUACAUAGAGACCACCCAAGUUGAGCAAGGGGAUGGAAAAGGUGCGCUGCAUGUGACUGGGCAGCUUGGAGAUGUCAUGAAAGAGAGUGCCCAAAUCGCUCAUACUGUCGCUAGAGCAAUAUUGCUUGAGAAAGAACCAGAUAACCCGUUCUUUGCAAAUUCCAAGUUACAUCUCCAUGUGCCAGCAGGUGCUACGCCAAAGGAUGGCCCCAGUGCUGGCUGCACCAUGAUCACCUCAAUGAUGUCCCUAGCUACGAAGAAGCCUGUCAGGAAAGAUCUUGCCAUGACGGGGGAAGUGACUUUGACAGGACGGAUUCUUCCCAUUGGUGGGGUCAAGGAGAAGACCAUUGCUGCAAGGAGGAGCGACGUGAAGGCCAUCAUAUUCCCAUCUGCAAACAGGAGAGAUUUUGACGAACUCGCGGCGAAUGUGAAAGAGGGCCUUGAAGUCCACUUUGUAGAUGAUUACAACCAGAUACUCAAUUUGGCCUUCAACACCGACCAAGACUCAGAGAAAUAAACCAUUGGAUUUGCUCAGCUGCUGUGGGGCCCGAAUCUUGAUGCAGCUUAAAAGUUUUUUGUGGACAUCAGAUGCUUCAUUGUCUGAGUCUCAAAAGUCCGAGUCAAGGCAUCAAAGCCUUUUGGGUUUCAUUCAUUAUUUACAUCUUUUGAUGCCUUUGUAAAAUUCAAAUCACCCCUUUGUAGCAAUUGUAAUGUCAUUGGGAGGGGGCCACAGUUUUUUUUUCAAUGGAUAGAGUUAUGUUAUAAGCAGGCUUCAUUUAUUUUACAAUCACAACUCCCGAGCGGUGCACACAUUGAUACCAGUGAUGUGGACCGUUUAAACAUGGUUGAAAAUUUCAAUGUGAUGAGUAGUGUCAUUUUGGGAACAGAAGGUAUAAGGCUGCAUUUUUUAAAAGAUUUUCCAAUGGGGGUAUUUUCAGAAUAAACUGUAUGAAAUAAUGCAGCAAUAUUGCGCUACUUGUCAUGGUUUAUCUAUUUAUUUUUAUUUGUCUGUGUU